AAAACAAUCCUCGAUGGGUGAAAAUAUGGAUUCAGUGGCACCGAGAAGAACGUUGCGUAGCUCAAACAGACUAUCGCUUACGUUGAGUAGCCGGAAACCUAGCGGCCGCCGAAAAAGAGACUCUACGGAGGACGCAAAAGCUGUCCCGAAAUGUGAACCUCCGGUAGCCGAAAUGUGUGGUGAUAAGAGCGAAAUUCCCGUUGAACCUGUGCGUGCUGAACUAGUAGCUGUGCCUGAAACAAUCAUUAUUCUAAGUGAUGAUGAGAACGACUCUCAGACUCCUACGAAAAGCUCGAUUCGGGAGUACUUUACGCCAUCAAAACAUCAAGCGCGGUCAUCGGUUUGGACGACUGGAGGAAAACAUAUCGGUGCCGCUGACUCUACCGCCAGGAAAGCACCACAAACACUGCCAAGGAAGGCUGCCGGAAAAGUUCGUCGAAAGAUUUGUCCUUCAACCAAUAUCAAAAUGCUGACCAAAAAGUACUUUGAUGAUUCCCAAAAACGGAUUACGAACUUUUUUAACAAGCAAAACGUAGAUCCAGAACGCUUGGGCUACUGUCAGGUGCUGAAGGAAUCCGUAAUGCCGACGAUAGUAACGGGGGACCUGGAGGUGGAAAACAUGCUAGACGUGUCCAUCGAAGAAGGCGGCACUCCUUUACGCAAUUCGCAGAUAGUAUCGCUGGUCGAUGUUCCGAAACUAUCGGCUUCCGAAUCGUGUCCAGCCGAAAUCAUGGAAUGCAUGGAACGGAUACAGAAUGCAGCUUACGAUGCAGAACAGGAAGACUGGAAUAUGGAGCGCGUGAAUGUACCAAUUGCUACAAGUUCGGUAUCGCUCGAUGAGUCGACGUGUGAUUCGGGUGUAUCGUUUCUAGUUCCUGAUACUCCUAACAUUCAAAACAGUAGCAUCAAGGGUCGUACGGCGAGAAAGGAAACUCCGCGAAGGACUUCAUGUAAAACUCCAGGCGCUAAGCCACGACCAUCGAAAGCACCAAAGAGUAACGCGAAGAAAGAGGGAAGAAAGAUCGUGUGCCCCAAGUACAAAAUUAUUGCCGGAACCAACUUUGCUGUCGAUGGCUUCCGGUACGGCGAUAUCGAAGGGGUGACGCACUACUUUCUUACGCACUUUCACGCGGAUCAUUAUAUUGGACUGAAAAAAUCGUUCGCAAAACCCCUUAUCAUGUCACCCAUAACGGCGCGGUUGGUGAAAACGUUUAUCAAUGUUCCUGAGGAGCAUUACCGGCUCAUUGAGCUACAUCGGCCGAUCGUGAUCGAUCGUGUUGAAAUCAUUGCACUGGAUGCUAACCAUUGCCCCGGUGGAAUCAUGUUCCUGUUUCGUUUGCCAAACGGAACCAAUAUCCUUCACACGGGGGAUUUCCGAGCUUCCGCGGAAAUGGAAGAGUAUCCCGAGUUUUGGAACUAUCCAAUCGACUGCAUAUACCUGGACACGACAUACCUCUCUUCGAAAUAUGCAUUUAAAUCUCAGUGGGAAAGCGUGUCCGAUGCACGAAAUACGGUUGUUGCCUUUCUUAACAAACAUAUUGGAGCUAAAGUGUUAAUAGUGUGCGGGAGUUAUCUGAUAGGCAAAGAGAAGGUGUGGAUGGAACUCGCCGUUGCGACAGGGAUGAAAGUGUGGACGGAACCUAACCGUUGGAAGGCUCUGAGCGCGAUUGCCGAUCCCGAUCAGCUAUCACUACUGGUAGCUGACCCAGUGGCCGCAAAUAUUCAUGUGCUGGCAAUGAACAAACUGUCGUAUGAUGAAUUGAACGACUACAUGAGUCAGUUUCCCGACCGAUAUGAUACUGUGAUAGCGCUACGACCGAGUGGAUGGGAGAAGAAUAGCAAACCACAGUGGCGCGGUAGAAUCAAUAUCGUUGGCAUCGAGUAUUCGGAACAUUCGAGCUUUGAUGAGCUGAAAAGGUUUGUUCAAUUCAUCAGACCGCGGGAAGUGAUCAGCACAGUGCCUUAUGGGAAUUCGAAUCCAAAUCGCACACCGAUGGUUCCGACUGCGUGGUACCAGGGAGAAAUUCGACCGCAACGUAAAGCGUUACAGUUGUCAAUCACAAAUUUCAUGUCCACGCUUGGGCCCAACAGUGGCACCGAGUGCAAUAAACCUACAGCCAUGGUAGCAAGAGUCCAAUCGUCGGCAGUAGAAGCAAUCAAAGAGGAAACGGGUAGCGGUAUCAAACAAGAAUGCACCGCGCAGGAUGUAAUUGAUCUAGAUGACGAUGAGAAUGAUCACCGAUCGGAGCAGGGGGAAUGUGAUGCCGAUAGUGAUUGGCUUCCGUAGCUACUGAUCGAGCAACUAGCGAGGUGAGCAAGCGAUAAAACAUUGAUUUUCACUCGCAAGGUAAAUAUGUUUAUUUAAUAAAACUUUUAA